AUGGCUACAGUCGCUAUACCAAAGAAUGAGAAAUGGGCAGAAGUACCAGAGGAGAAGGUCAUUGAAUAUAUUGUAAAGGAUGAUAAGGGUGCUGAUGUUAGAGUUAUAAAGACAUUCAGAGAGUAUCAAGUACCUGUCAAGAGAAACAAGAGAGUGGAUGAACGUAGGAAAUGGGAGAAGUUUGGUGACUGUGUAGGACAGUCUGGUCUUUCCAACACAUCUUCAGGUGAAGAGGUCUUCCUUACAUUGUCAAGGAACAUGGUUUCUGAUGAGGAGAAGAAGGAGACAAUUGUAUGCAGGAACUGCAAGAAGAAUCAUUUCACCUCAAAGUGUCCAUACAAGGAUGCUCUGGAGUUAACUCAACGACAGAUCAAGACAGACAAGGACGAGAAGGAGGGCGGAGGUGGCGGCAAGACAGGCGAUGCCAAGUACGUCCCACCAUCACAGAGAGCAGGCUACAGUCCGAUGGCGAUGACAGAGGUACCUUCACUUAUCGUUUCAAACGUUUCAGAGAAUGCUACCGACAGAGAUCUACGUGAUUUGUUCAGUCAGUUUGGAUACGUUGCCAAGGUCAACGUACCAAAGGACAACGAUGGCCGUCCAAGAGGAUUCGCCUACGUCACCUACAAUGAUAUACGCGCGGCAGAAGAAGCCAUCAAGAACUUAGAUGGACACAGAUACGACUACCUCGUACUUCAAGUUGAUUUCGCCAAGAGGAGGACAAACAACUGA